AAAAUAUGUAAAAAUGUAAGAAUGUCAUUUUUGUUUACAAGUCAUGUUUUAUUUUUGCUUAUUAUAUGAUUAUAAAUUUAUUGUCCAAAACAAUAGGAUAUAUAAGAAUAAAGCGGUUGAUAUCAUUGUCAAUGGCGCCACACAGUUGUAAGGGUUGUCUCAGGGACGUAAUUGCUUCGAAAAUGUCUAAAAAAUCAUCAAGCGCAUCUGAUACACCGAUGGAAGAAAAUGGAGUCGAAGAUGUCCCUCAUAAUCCCUCGAUGCCUUGGUUCGGUAUGGACAUUGGCGGUUCCCUGUGCAAACUAGUCUAUUUCGAACCGAAUGAAGCCGCAGGAGGCGAGAGCGCCUCCGAAUUGGAGACGAUAAGGAACAUCAGGCGAUACCUUACAAAAAAUUCUGCUUAUGGGAAAACCGGCCAUCGAGAUACACAUUUACAAAUGGAGAACGUAAAAAUUAGAGGUAUGCUAGGAACGCUGCACUUUAUCAGGUUUCCCACGAGCGAAAUGAAGAAGUUUUUAACAUUGGCCAGACACAAAGGGAUGGCCAAGUUGGUUUCCACCGUAUCGGCCACCGGCGGGGGCGCUUACAAAUUCGAAAACGACUUCAAACGAGAAGUGAACCUAAGGUUGGCUAAAUUCGACGAAUUCGAUUCGUUACUGACCGGCAUCCACUUCAUCGAUAGACACAACCCUACGGAAUGUUACUAUUGGUCGGAUCCCACCGAUGACAACAAGUGCACUAAAGUGAGAUACGAUUUGUCGAGUCCGUAUCCGUUUCUGAUCGUAAAUAUCGGCUCGGGCGUCAGCAUAUUGGCUGUGUAUUCAGCUACGAACUAUAAGCGAAUUUCGGGAACUAGUUUGGGCGGAGGCACUUUUCUGGGAUUGUGUUGCCUUUUGACCGGUUGUAAUUCAUUCGAAGAAGCGAUCGGUUUGGCAGCGGAAGGUGAUAAUAGAAAUGUCGAUAAAUUAGUGAGAGAUAUUUACGGUGGCGAUUACGAGAGAUUCGGUCUUCCCGGCGAUUUGGUAGCUAGUAGCUUUGGACAGAUGAACUCGAAGGAGAGACGCAACAGGGUGAGCAAACAGGAUCUGGCUAGGGCGACGCUGGUCACCAUCACGAACAACAUAGGCUCGAUAGCGAGGAUGUGCGCGUUGCAAGAGAGAAUCGGAAGGGUGGUGUUUAUUGGGAACUUUUUGCGGGUGAAUCCCAUAGCAAUGAAAUUGCUGGCCUAUGCUAUGGAGUACUGGUCGAAUGGGACGAUGAAAGCUCUGUUUUUGGAGCACGAAGGGUACUUCGGGGCCGUAGGAUGUCUUUUACAAUUCCACGAGGAAUUGAAGAGUUGAAAAUAGGCAAACGGGAUCUUCUUGCCGCACAUAUAUCUUAAAAAUAUAAUAUGUAUUGAAAUGGUUACUUAGACAUAAAAUGUAUGUAAUUUGGAAUGGAUUAAAGUUACAACUUGUGAUUGGUAUGUAGGAAAAUGUGUAGUUGGAAUGUACAUUUUAUGUUUUUGAAACUGUACUUGAAAUUAUUUUAUUCUUUAAACAUUCCUAUAAAAAUAGUUGCAUUGGGUAAAUGGAAUGAGUACGGUAAGCAGUAAGGGUCAAAAGUUCUCAUCUUUUUAUGACCGGUAUUUCGCCCGUAACAAUUGUUGGAUGUAUUUCUUAGGAAUUUAUUUAUUUUUAAAUAAACUUAAAUGUAAAACGAGAAAAUGUGAAAUUCAAAAUUUCAAAAACGGUAACUACAAAAUAUAUAAAUGGAAGCGAGGAACUUUUGUUUCUCACUGUACAAAAAUAUACACGUUUAUCUUUAAGCCGCUUUGUACUAAGACAAUUAUUAUUUUUUAAUCUACCGUUUAUAUUUUUAUGUGAAAGUUAGUAUUAAUAAAUUUUUUGGUUGUUAAUAAGCAGUCAUUUUGUUUUGUUUGUCCAAAAGUUAUUUUUUUAAAACUAGUCAUUCACUUUAUCUGUCCUUUUAUUCAUCACAUAUCAAUUUGGAACGUCUGUUAAGUUAAUACCUACUGCUAUAUAAAAUAAAUAUGCACUUAAAAUUAAUACAAAUAAGUAAUAAAUGGCACUUAUUAAUUACAAUUUUAACUAAUUCUAGAUAACAAUAAAUAGCUUGAAUGAAUAAUACUUAUUUGGAGCCUUUUAUUUCAACUCGACUUUAAUACUCGGGCAGUGUAAAAAUAAACAAAAACUAAAUAAAAGCAAUUAAGCAUUUCCUAAACUCUUCUGUUCAGUCCAAACAGUAAUCAGUUCAUUAGGGUCUCCAUAACCAUGAGACGCUAUUGUAUAUUUAUAAUUCAAUUUUUUAUAAGAUUGCUUGUAAAAAUGAAAUUCAUCACAGUUUAAAGGAUUAAUUUUAGCCUUAUGAGCCAAGAGUCCCACGUAAAUAUCGUCAAAUCUGAAGUGCUUGGUGUAGAAACUCGUAUAAUACAUAUCAAUUAGGGCUUGUUUAGAUAAUACGUAACUUCCUGCAGUUACGUACGGAGGCCACAUGUGAUACGGGUAUUCUUCUAGUGACACGUACCAUUUACUAGUAUAAUGUCUAUGAGGGGAGGAUUUAAAAACGUAGCCUGCGUACAAUCUCGAAGCAUCAUCUUCGUACUCUCUCAAUUGCCGUUUAUUUUCUAUUAAAUUGUUGACUAGCCCGAAGGUAUCUUUUAUAUACUUCGGAUAAUUUGCAGGGUUUCUCAAAAACCGUAAAACGUUUUUAGUAGAUACGUAGUAAUCGUCAUCAACGAACAUAUAAAAUUUCGAAUUAGAACAAUAUUUAACAGCCCAACGCAUCCCCAUCAUUGUUUUGUAUGUGUUAUUAUAGUAGCUAUCCGUGAAAUUCGCUGCUACAAGGUCCUUAUACACUUUGUAUUCUUCGAUUAAAGCUUGCUGCAGUUCCCUCGAAUUAGUCUCUCCUAUUAGAAAUAUCGUUCGAAUUUCUACAUCGGAGAAUCUCUUCUCGUAUCCCCAGGUUUGGCGGAUCCCCUUCCUUCUGUUGGAAUUCUCGGGCGCACUUUUGAUUAUGUAAACCAGUCGCAAUUCGUUCACAUGACUGCACUUGAAGCUGCACGACGUGGAAUAAUCAAAGUAAUACGAAUUUAUCGGAGGCACCGAAGGGGUUUCGUUAUGUUUAAGUUGUUCCACUAACAAUUCCACGUCUCCGUCGAAGGGAUAAUGAAAAUUUUCGUAAAAAUCGAUUUCGUAUAGGUGAUUAAAAAGUCCAAACGCGUACAAAGUUACGAAUAAAAAGAAAAACAGUAUAAAUAUGCGGUUGAGUUUUCUCGUAGGUAUCCACAUCUUUAGACGUUUAAUCAUUGUCUCGUCCGGUUCUUUUGUAUGCGAAAAAUAACAAUAAUAUAAAUAUUAAGUUCGGCAACUAUGCAUUUGUAAAUUAAUUGAAUAAUUUAAUUUGAAUUUUGUAUUUAU